AAAACUUAAGUGAUCGUGAUCGUUCUUUAAAGUGCAUCGGCGCUAGUUGUGAUUGUUGCUUUAAUUCCGUGCGUGUGCAAGUAAAACAAACACUCCGUCACCAUGAGAGAAAUCGUGCAUCUGCAGGCCGGUCAGUGCGGUAACCAGAUUGGAGCCAAGUUCUGGGAGAUCAUCUCGGAGGAGCACGGUAUCGAUGCUUCUGGUGUCUACAAUGGAGAGUCUGAUCUACAGCUGGAACGCGUAAGCGUGUACUACAACGAGGCCUCGGCAGUUUCACGAUCUUCUGGUGGCAAGUAUGUGCCCCGUGCUAUCUUGCUCGAUUUGGAGCCGGGUACGAUGGAGGCCGUUCGUUCUGGAUCGUACGGCAAGCUGUUCCGUCCCGAUAACUUCGUCUUUGGACAGUCCGGUGCUGGUAACAACUGGGCGAAGGGUCACUAUACCGAGGGUGCGGAGCUGGUCGAUGCAGUGUUGGAUGUGGUGCGCAAGGAAUGCGAAAACUGCGACUGUCUGCAGGGAUUCCAAUUAACGCACUCGCUUGGUGGUGGUACUGGAUCUGGCAUGGGUACGCUGCUCAUCUCCAAAAUCCGUGAGGAGUAUCCGGAUCGUAUCAUGAACACCUACUCGGUUGUACCAUCGCCCAAAGUGUCGGACACGGUGGUUGAACCUUACAAUGCCACCCUCUCAAUCCAUCAGCUGGUGGAAAAUACGGACGAGACGUACUGCAUUGAUAACGAGGCUCUGUACGAUAUAUGUUUCCGCACGCUGAAGGUUCCCAACCCUAGCUACGGCGAUUUGAACCAUCUCGUCUCGCUGACCAUGUCUGGUGUUACUACCUGUCUGCGAUUCCCGGGUCAGCUGAACGCCGAUCUGCGCAAGCUGGCCGUCAACAUGGUGCCCUUCCCCCGUCUCCACUUCUUCAUGCCCGGCUUCGCACCGCUAACGUCCCGUGGCUCCCAACAGUACCGUGCGCUGACCGUGCCGGAGCUAACGCAACAGAUGUUCGAUGCCAAGAACAUGAUGGCGGCCUGUGAUCCACGGCACGGUCGCUACCUGACGGUGGCUGCCGUGUUCCGCGGGCGAAUGUCGAUGAAGGAGGUCGAUGAGCAAAUGCUUGCGGUACAGAACAAGAACAGCAGCUACUUCGUCGAAUGGAUCCCGAACAACGUCAAGACAGCCGUCUGUGAUAUUCCGCCGAAGGGUCUGAAGAUGUCGUCCACCUUCAUUGGCAAUACGACCGCCAUCCAGGAGCUGUUUAAGCGUAUCUCGGAGCAGUUCUCCGCUAUGUUCCGCCGCAAGGCGUUCUUGCAUUGGUACACGGGCGAGGGCAUGGAUGAGAUGGAGUUCACCGAGGCGGAGAGCAACAUGAACGAUCUGGUGUCGGAGUACCAGCAGUACCAGGAAGCGACCGCGGAUGAUGAGUUCGAGCAGGAAGACUGCCAGGACGAGAUGGAGGGCGAAUGCGUUUGAAGCGCUCGGGCACUAGGAAACGGCAGUCCGUGGCCAGUAUAAACUUUCUGGCUUUGGCAUUUUUUAUUAUUUAUUAAACUUUUUCGUAGCUAGGCAAAAACGAUUUUAUAUUCCGAAUACCGGAGACUGCGUGUGUGUAAAGAAACGUGAAAAGUAACAUUUACUAAACAAAAACAAAAGAAAAA